AUGGACCAUGGAAACUCCACCACAAACUUCAUCCUUCUGGGCUUUUCUGAAUGGCCCCAACUAGAACGCAUCAUCUCAGUGGUUGUUCUCAUCUUCUAUGUUGUGAUCAUGGUGGGAAACACAACGAUCAUUCUAGUGUCUUACUUCGAUACCCAGCUCCAUACUACCAUGUAUUUCUUCCUAUCCAAUCUUUCCUUUUUAGAUCUCUGUUACACGAAUAGCGUUAUCCCCCAGAUGCUGGUCAAUCUGUGGAGCCCAGAAAAGUCUAUCACAUACAUUGGCUGUCUGUUCCAAGCUGCUGUUGCCCUGGACUUGGGAGCCACCGAAUGUCUCCUACUAGCCGUGAUGGCCUAUGACCGCUAUGCUGCUGUCUGCCAACCUCUUCACUACAUGGUCAUUAUGCACCCUCAGCUCUGCCAGAAGAUGGUGUUGGCUGCCUGGUUAAGUACUCUUGUGUGUUCCUUAACCAUUUCCUUCUUGGCAUUCUCAUUGCCACGUUGUGGACACCAAGAAGUGGAUAAUUUUUUCUGUGAGAUACUAGAUCUCAUCAAGAUUGCUUGUGCCUAUUCCAAAGUACUUGAAAUUGUUUUUCUUGCUCUCACAGUUCUAUUUCUUCUGGUGCCUCUAUCAGUCAUUCUCAUCUCCUAUGGAGUGAUCACGCGGGCUGUCAUAAGGAUCAAGUCAGCAAAAAGGUGGCAGAAGCUCCUCAAUACCUGUGGUUCCCACCUCACAGUGGUGACUCUCUAUUAUGGGACACUCAUAUAUAUGUACAUGAAGCCCCAGAACAAUUCAUUCCAAAAUGAGGGCAAGUUCAUUGCUCUUGUCUACAUGAUAAUUAUACCCAGCCUUAACCCACUCAUCUACUCUUUAAGAAACAAAGAUGUAAAGAAUGCAGUGAAGAGAAUCCUGUGUGCAAAAUACUGGACAACAAAGCUAUAA